GCCGUUCAAAGAGAGCCCAGGCGCCUUCGCCGCUGCCCUUUGUCCCAGCAGCGCCGCCCCUUCCUCGGGGCCCCCGCUCGGCCGCCCCGUCCACUCUCGCCCCCUCCUCUCCCUGCAAGCCGCGAGGAUGGAGCGCCGGACGCUCCUCCGAAGACCCCCGGCCGCCCUCCGCCUCCUCUUCGUCCUCCUCGUGGGCGCCGCGGGCGCAGCCAGGCAAGGACUGCAAGUAAUUGACCUCCUGUCAGUGAUGGAGACCCGGCAUGUGACCAGUGUGGCCAACAAGAUCCGGACAGAGCUCAUGUCUGUCAAUGACAUCUACCUGCUCUCCACUUUCCGCCUGCCCCCCAAGCAAGGUGGGGUGUUGUUUGGACUCUACUACAAGAAAGACAACAGCCGGUGGUUUGAGGCAUCAGUCGUUGGCAAGACCAACAAAGUCCUCAUCCGAUACUUGCGGGCCGACGGCAAGGUCCAUUCAGUGAACCUGCAGAACGCAAACCUUGCCGAUGGUCGCAGCCACACCACCAUCCUGCGGGUGAGCGGCCUGCAAGGCAGCAGCCUGUCCACGGAGCUGUACGUGGACUGCAAGCAAACAGACUCUAAUGUGGGGCUGCCUGAGAUGUCUUCCCUUGACCUAGACCAAGCGGAGGCUGUGGAGAUGCGGACAGGGCAGAAAUCUUAUCUCCGCAUGCAGGGCUUUCUGGAGUCGCUGAAACUGAUCCUCGGAGGAUCGAUGAGCCGGGUGGGAGCCUUAAGCGAGUGCCCCUUCCAAGGGGACGAAUCCAUGCAGAACACGGUAUCCAAUGUGAUCAAUACCCUCUUUGGUGAGCAAACAAGGGCUCUUGUGAAACAACUCACCCUUUUCAACCAGAUUCUGAUGGAACUUCAAGAGGAUAUGAGAGAUCAAGUGAAGGAGAUGUCCUUGAUCCGGAACACCAUUAUGGAGUGUCAGGUGUGCGGAUUUCACGAACACCGCUCCCGAUGCAAACCAAAUCCUUGUUUCAGCGGUGUCGACUGCAUGGAGACAUACGAGUACCCGGGCUACCGUUGUGGGCCUUGUCCGCCUGGCUUUGAAGGCAACGGGACCCACUGUGCUGACAUCAAUGAGUGUGCCCACGCCAACCCCUGUUUCCUUGGAUCAAAGUGCCUCAAUACGGCACCUGGCUUUCGCUGUGAACCCUGCCCGCCCGGCUACAAGGGAAACCUCAUCUCCGGUGUAGGGGCGGAUUACGCCAAAGCCAGCAAACAGGUUUGCACGGAUAUUGAUGAAUGCAAUGAUGGGAACAACGGGGGAUGUGACCCCAAUGCCAUCUGCACCAACAGCCUGGGAUCCUACAAAUGCGGGCCUUGCAAGUCAGGUUUUGUGGGGAACCAGACGGGCAGCUGUACCCCCCAGAAGGCCUGCCAGAGCCCCAGCCACAACCCCUGCGACGUCAAUGGCUACUGCCUCUUCGAACGCAAUGGAGAUGUCUCCUGCGCAUGCAACGUGGGCUGGGCUGGGAACGGGAACGUGUGUGGACGGGACACAGACAUUGAUGGCUACCCGGAUGAGCCCUUGCCUUGCAUCGACAACAAUAAGCACUGUUCACAGGACAACUGCCGGCUCACACCCAACUCUGGUCAAGAAGAUGCAGACAAUGACGGCAUAGGGGACCAGUGCGAUGAUGACGCGGAUGGCGAUGGCAUCAAGAAUGUGGAGGACAACUGCCGUCUUUUCCCCAACAAAGACCAGCAGAAUUCAGACACUGAUUCUUUUGGGGAUGCUUGCGACAACUGCCCCAAUGUCCCCAACAAUGACCAGAAGGACACGGACAGCAACGGGGAGGGGGACGCUUGCGACAAUGACAUUGACGGGGACGGAAUCCCCAACGGGCUCGAUAAUUGCCCUAAGGUGCCCAACCCGCUGCAGACGGAUCGCGACGAGGACGGUGUGGGCGAUGCCUGUGACAGUUGUCCCGAGAUCAGCAACCCUACUCAGACAGAUGCGGACAGUGACCUGGUGGGUGAUGUUUGCGACACCAAUGAGGACAGCGAUGGCGACGGUCACCAGGACACAAAAGACAACUGCGCAGAAAUUCCCAACAGCUCUCAGCUGGAUUCAGAUAAUGAUGGGCUGGGAGACGAAUGCGACAAUGACGACGACAAUGACGGGAUCCCCGAUUACGUGCCCCCUGGCCCUGACAACUGCCGUCUUGUCCCCAACCCCAACCAGAAGGAUUCUGACGGCAACGGCGUGGGGGACGUAUGCGAGGAGGAUUUUGACAACGACACUGUGGCUGACCCGCUGGACGUCUGCCCGGAGAGCUCCGAGGUGACGCUGACUGACUUCCGCGCGUACCAGACGGUCAUUCUGGAUCCCGAAGGCGAUGCCCAGAUCGAUCCCAAUUGGGUAGUUCUCAAUCAGGGCAUGGAAAUCGUACAGACGAUGAACAGUGACCCAGGCUUGGCUGUAGGGUACACGGCGUUCAACGGGGUGGAUUUUGAAGGCACCUUCCACGUCAACACCAUCACGGACGACGACUAUGCCGGAUUUAUCUUUGCCUACCAAGACAGCGCCAGUUUUUACGUGGUCAUGUGGAAGCAAACGGAGCAGACCUACUGGCAGGCCACGCCCUUCCGGGCUGAUGCCGCACCUAGUUUGCAGCUGAAGGCAGUGAAAUCCACCACCGGUCCCGGCGAGUAUCUGCGCAAUGCCUUGUGGCACACGGGCCACACCCCCGGCCACGUGCGCCUGCUCUGGAAGGACCCACGGAACGUGGGAUGGAAGGACAAGACCUCUUACCGCUUGCGACUCAUACACCGGCCCCAGGUUGGCUACAUCAGGGUGCUGCUUUACGAGGGACCCCAGCUGGUGGCUGACUCAGGCGUCAUCAUCGACACGACGAUGCGAGGGGGGCGCUUGGGGGUGUUCUGCUUCUCCCAGGAAAACAUCAUCUGGUCCAACCUACAGUAUCGCUGCAACGAUACCGUCCCUGUGGACUUUGAGCCGUUCCGCCGGAUCCUACUGGAAGGCCCUUGAACGAGGGUCCUCAGAAGGGCUCGCCGCCCAUCUUAGACUAGGACCUCUCUUCACAAAGACUCCUGGUGGUCCACCCAGAGAACGCGGGCAUCAUUUCAGACCUCUCCAUACACACUCACCUACCCACAAUGGACUGGUAAACUGGCAGACUUUACCCCAUAAGCUCAGGAGCUCCCUAACCCAGCCCAGCAGUCUCUUUUACAGGGUUGACAAGAUGCUACAGGCACAGAGAUCAGCAAAGGAUUAUGGGACAGCAAGGGCUUGAGCCAAUCGAAGAGGGCCGCUAUGGAGCAAAUCCCCACCUAAGUAGGGGCGUACUGAUGCCCCUGUUUUUUUUCCUCUAUACCUUUUGGGAAACGAUCCGUCCAUAAAAGU